GACUCAGGAAGGACCUGGGAGAAGCAGCAGAGUGAGCUCACACUGGGUCCAAGAAAUGUCUCCGUGCUGCCACUGACUGCUUUGGCUUUCUGGGUUCACGAACCUGCUGGCCCCAGAGCAGCUGGUGCUCUUUGAAUGCCUGCGAGUGGGUGAGAGGGAGGUCUUAGAUAAGAGAGAAAACAGAGAGAAGGGAGGCCGGCAUUUUUGAACACUUGGGGUUGGAACUCAAAGAACUGUUAAUGGGGGGAGAAAAGGGCAGAAGAGGCGACUCCAGGACAGAAAGACUGAGACAGUCAUAGACAGUGAUAGGAGUCUAGGGAGAUAAGGAGAGAGAAGGAAGGGAGGGAAGGAGGGAAGGAGAGAAGGAAAGAAGAGAGAAGGGUGUGUUAGAAAAAGAGAUAAAAAGAAAAGAAAAGCAGGGGACACAGAGAGAGGCUGGGAGAGACAACCAGAAACCAAGCUGCCUGCGAUGGACACUAGGGGAGCCACUGUGAGAGGUCUCGGGACACGCCCGAUACACAGAACUUGCAGCUUGACUCCUCUUCUGCUCGUGGGAAUGCUGACCACAGGUCUGACCCAGUCACCAGUCUCCACCUCAGCGCCUCGAGGCUUCUGGGCUCUGUCUGAGAACCUGACUGCGGUGGAAGGGUCUAUGGUUAAGCUGUGGUGUGGUGUCAGAGCCCCUGGCAGUGUGGUGCAGUGGGCCAAGGAUGGGCUGCUUCUGGGUCCAAACCCUAAGAUGCCAGGCUUCCCACGGUACAGCCUGGAAGGAGACAGUGCUAAAGGUGAGUUCCACCUGCUCAUCGAAGCCUGUGACCUCAGCGAUGAUGCCGAGUACGAAUGCCAGGUCGGCCGCUCCGAGUUGGGUCCUGAGCUCGUGUCUCCCAAAGUAAUCCUGUCCAUCCUAGUUUCCCCCAAGGUGCUUCAGCUGACGCCUGAGGCAGGAAGCACAGUUACCUGGAUAGCUGGGCAGGAGUAUGUGGUCACCUGCGUGUCUGGGGAUGCGAAACCAGCACCUGACAUCAUCUUCAUCCAGAGUGGACGAACAGUAUUGGACGUCUCCUCCAAUGUGAAUGAGGGGUCAGAGGAGAAACUCUUCAUCACAGAAGCUGAAGCCAGGGUGACACCCCAGAGCUCGGAUAAUGGGCAGUUGCUGGUCUGUGAGGGGUCCAACCCAGCUUCGGACACUCCCAUAAAGGCUUCAUUCACCAUGAAUGUUCUGUUCCCCCCAGGACCUCCUGUCAUUGACUGGCCAGGACUGAGUGAGGGGCACGUGCGGGCAGGGGAGAACCUGGAGCUGCCCUGCAUAGCCAGAGGUGGAAAUCCACCUGCUACCCUGCAGUGGCUGAAGAACGGUAAGCCAGUGUCCAUAGCUUGGGGUACAGAGCAUGCCCAGGCAGUGGCUCGCAGCGUGCUGGUCAUGACUGUUCGACCUGAAGAUCAUGGAGCUCGGCUCAGUUGUCAGUCUUACAACAGCGUGUCUGAAGAGACCCAGGAGCGGAGCAUCACGCUGCAGGUCACCUUUCCCCCCAGUGCCGUUACCAUCCUGGGAUCUGCAUCACAAUCUGAGAACAAGAAUGUGACCCUUUGCUGCCUUACCAAGUCCAGUCGCCCACGGGUCCUGCUGCGAUGGUGGUUGGGUGGACGGCAGUUGCUGCCCACGGACGAGACGGUGAUGGAUGGCCUGCAUGGCGGCCACAUCUCCAUGUCCAAUCUGACACUCUUGGUGCGGAGGGAAGACAAUGGCCUGCCCCUCACCUGCGAAGCCUUCAGUGACGCCUUCAGCAAGGAGACCUUCAAGAAGUCACUAACCUUGAAUGUGAAAUACCCUGCCCAGAAGCUGUGGAUUGAGGGACCCCCAGAGGGGCAGUACAUCCGGACUGGGACUCGGGUGAGGUUGGUGUGCUUGGCCAUUGGAGGCAACCCAGACCCCUCCCUCAUCUGGCUUAAGGAUUCGCGCCCGGUGAGCGAGCCGCGGCAGUCCCAGGAGCCCCGGCGCGUGCAGCUGGGCAGUGUGGAGAAGUCCGGCAGCACCUUCUCCCGCGAGCUGGUGCUGAUCAUAGGCCCGCCGGACAACCGAGCCAAGUUCUCCUGCAAGGCGGGUCAGCUCAGUGCGUCUACGCAGCUGGUGGUGCAGUUCCCCCCAACCAACCUGACCAUCCUGGCCAACUCCUCCGCGCUGCGCCCUGGCGACGCCUUGAACUUGACCUGCGUCAGCAUCAGUAGCAACCCCCCAGUCAACUUGUCUUGGGACAAGGAAGGAGAGAUGCUGGAAGACGUGGCUGCAAAACCCCUGAGCGCCCCGUUCAAAGGCUCCGCUGCAUCUAGGAGUGUUUUUCUUCGGGUGUCGUCCCGAGAUCACGGCCACCGGGUCACCUGCCGGGCCCACAGCGAGGCACUUCGUGAAACCGUGAGCUCUUUCUACCGCCUCAACGUGCUGUACCCUCCAGAGUUCCUGGGGGAGCAGGUGCGGGCAGUGACCGUGGUGGAGCGGGGCCAGGCGCUGCUGCCAGUGUCAGUAUCUGCUAACCCCGCCCCCGAGGCCUUCAACUGGACCUUCCGAGGCUACCGCCUCAGCCCAGCUGGGGGUCCCCGGCACCGCAUCCUGUCUGGAGGGGCUCUGCAGCUGUGGAAUGUGACCCGAGCUGACGACGGCUUUUAUCAGCUACACUGCCAGAACUCGGAGGGCACCGCAGAGGCGCUGUUGAAGCUGGACGUGCACUAUGCUCCCACCAUCCGUGCCCUCCAGGACCCCACUGAGGUGAAUGUGGGGGGUUCUGUGGAUAUAGUCUGCACCGUUGAUGCCAAUCCCAUCCUCCCAGAGAUGUUCAGCUGGGAGAGACUGGGGGAAGAAGAGGAAGAGCUGAACUUGGAUGACAUGGAGACGCUGUCAAAAGGUCCCACAGGGCGUCUGCGGAUUCGCCAGGCUAAACUGUCCCAGGCUGGUGCUUACCAGUGCAUCGUGGACAAUGGGGUGGCUCCUGCAGCCAGAGGACUGGUUCGUCUCGUUGUCCGCUUUGCCCCCCAGGUGGAUCAUCCUACACCCUUAACGAAAGUGGCUGCUGCUGGGGACAGCACCAGCUCAGCCACACUCCACUGCCGUGCCCGAGGGGUCCCCAACAUCGACUUCACUUGGACCAAAAAUGGGGUCCCUCUGGAUCUCCAAGACCCCAGGUACACAGAGCACAAGUACCACCAGGGCGUGGUCCACAGCAGCCUCCUGACCAUUGCUAACGUGUCUGCAGCCCAAGACUAUGCCCUCUUCAAGUGCACAGCCACCAAUGCCCUCGGUUCAGACCACACCAACAUUCAACUCGUCAGCAUCAGCCGCCCUGACCCUCCGCUGGGACUGAAGGUUGUGAGCGUGAGCCCUCACUCGGUAGGGCUGGAGUGGAAGCCUGGCUUCGAUGGAGGUCUGCCUCAGAGGUUCCGAAUCAGGUAUGAAGCCCUUGAGACCCCAGGAUUCCUCUACGUGGAUGUCCUACCUGCACAGGCCACCACCUUCACCCUGACUGGGCUGAAGCCUUCUACACGGUACCGGAUCUGGCUGUUGGCCAGCAAUGCCCUGGGGGACAGUGGAUUGACGGACAAGGGGAUCCAGGUCACGGUCACUACCCCAGGCCUGGACCAGGCUCCUGAAGACACAGACCUCCAGCUGCCCACAGAGCAGCCUCCGGGACCCCAGGGGCUGCCCCUGCUGCCUGUGCUCUUUGCAGUUGGUGGUCUUCUGUUGCUCUCCAAUGCCUCCUGUGUUGGGGGACUCCUCUGGCGGAGAAGACUGAGGCGCCUUGCUGAGGAGAUCUCAGAGAAGACAGAGGCAGGGUCGGAGGAGGACCGAAUCAGGAAUGAAUAUGAGGAAAGUCAGUGGACUGGGGACCGGGACACAAGAAGCUCCACGGUUAGCACAGCGGAAGUGGACCCACAUUACUACUCCAUGAGGGAUUUCAGCCCCCAGCUUCCCCCAACACUGGAAGAGGUGUCAUAUCGCCAAGCCUUCACAGGUACCGAAGAUGGGGACAUAGCCUUCCCUGGACACCUGUAUGAUGAAGUGGAGAGAGUCUAUGGUCCGCCCGGGGUCUGGGGACCCCUCUAUGAUGAAGUACAAAUGGACCCCUAUGACCUUGGCUGGCCUGAGGUCAAGUGUGAGGAUCCGAGGAGAAUCUACGACCAGGUGGCGGCAGACGUCGGGGAACCUGGUUCUCUGCCCUUUGAGCUGAGGGGACACCUGGUGUGAGACUCUAAACAACGCUUUCCUGCAGCCUUGGAGAAGACGUGACAAGAAGACUCAAACUGACUUCUGGGAUGACCGAGGCUCCUUUCAUUGGAAUGAGGCUUCUCCCAAGAGACAGAAUCAUUUGGAAAUGGCAUUUGAACAAUGAAAACCCACUUAGGGGUCAUUAUACUUUUCAAAAGUAAAGUUUUUAGAAGUAGGAUAGACCUAUUAAAAAUCCUGUUCCAAGCCCGGCAAUGUGCCCAGUGGGAGAGUGUUUGCUUUAGCAUGUGUGAGGUCUGGGCUGCAGGUUGCAGCCGGUCCUGGCAUUACACACACAGACAGAGCUGGGUAUGCUGGCCCAUCCCUGCCGUUGCAGCUCUGCCGGAGGCUGAGGCACUGGAAGCACAGGUUCAAAGCCACUAGCUAGGGGCUGCAAACAUGGUUCAGGGGCUGAGAACUCGCAUAACAGCUACUGCCCUUGCAGAGGACCUGGGAUGGGUUCCCAGUACCCAGAUCAGGGAGUCACAAUCACAUCGUCAUCUUUAGGGAAUCGGAUGCUUUCUUCUGAUCUCCAUGGGCACCUGCACUCAUGUGCACAUACCCGCACAGAAACGCACAAUUACAAAUGAAAUAAAUCCAACCUGUAUGGCGGCCCACAGUGAGGGGCUGGGGGUGUGGCUCAGUGGUAGAGCCCCUGCCUAGAAUCCCCCAGUGAGGGGCUGGGGGCGUGACUCAGUGUUAAAGUUCUUGCUUGGAUAAUAACCAGAAUUAUAAACCAUUGUCAGAUCUUA